AUGACAAGAGCCGAAUUCUCUAGUACUGCUGAAACAUCUCAAGCACCUGAGACCACAUUAACGGUUAACCCAGAUGGGACCACACAUACACUCUUAUCCUCUUCCACAACAUCAACGCCCAGUACCUCAGUUACCGUGUCAGGGACUACCCAUCCACGGAUAUCUGCAGGAACCACAGCUUCACCCACCUCCUCUUCCACAACAUCAUCGCCCAGUACCUCAGUUACUGUGUCCGGGACUAUGCAGCCAUUGAUAUCUGCUGCGACCACAGCUUCACCCACCUCCUCUUCCACAACAUCAUCGCCCACUACCUCAGUUACCGUGCCCGGGACUACCCAACCAUUGAUAUCUGCUGGGACCAAAGCUUCACCCACCUCCUCUUCCACAACAACAAAGCCCAGUACCUCAGUUACCGUGUCCGGGACUACCCAGCCAUUGAUAUCUGCUGGGACCAAAGCUUCACCCACCUCCUCUUCCACAACAUCAACAUCCACUACCUCAGUUACCGUGCCCGGGACUACUCAUCCAUUGAUAUCUGCUGGGACCACAGCUUCACCCACCUCCUCUUCCACAACAUCAUCACCCAGUACCUCAGUUACCGUGUCCGGGACUACGCAGCCAUUGAUAUCUGCUGGGACCACAGCUUCACCCACCUCCUCUUCCACAACAUCAACACCCAGUACCUCAGUUACCGUGCCUGGGACUAUGCAGCCAUUGAUAUCUGCUGGGACCACAGCUUCAUUGAAACCGAAAGAGACUGUUCCUACCUCCAAACCUGGUGAUGCAACAUCACAACCUAUUGUAACUACAUCUACCACUAAACCUACUUGUAUUUUGUCUGUUUCCAGAACAGUGAUAACCUUAUCUACAGAUACCAAAACCACAUCCAAACCCGCCAAAUCCACAUCUGUAUCUACACCUGAUCUGUCCACUACAGUAAAAUCAGAUAAAAAAGUUACCUUCUAUGACAUCAAAAUGAACUUUUCUCUCUUCUAUGAAACUCACAGAACUCCUGAUUAUUAUGAUGCAAACAACCUUGCUAAAAACUGGUUCAAUGCCAGAUUUCCUGAAGGUGAAUAUAUUGUGACAAAUUAUUAUAUAAAAACUGCAGGCAGAUACAGGAAUAAUUCUCCAGGAGAAAGCGUCCAUGAGAGAGCUGAUAUGGAAGAAAAGCAGAAUUCACAAAGCUAUGCCUUCAAAGCCAUCAUAAAAGCCACAUCCACUCACCCACAAGAAGACUUGAUUAUCAUGAUAGAAAAAAAGUUGCAGAGGAAGUAUGAAGAGGGGCCCUUCUCUGUAUCUGUGGAACCUGAAGAUAUGAUUGUCAGUUCAAUAGCUCCAGGCACUUGCCCAGAAGAAUGGUCAACCUACAAAGGGAAAUAUCUGUGGACAGAGACUAAUCCUGCUAGCACAACUGAAUUAAGAUGUGUGAAAAAUUCUAAGCACUCUGCCACCAGGAGUUGCAAGAUAAAUAUUAAGAGUGGGAAAGCUUAUUGGGAAAGACCAAAUAUGACACAAUGUAAAUUGCUGGAAGAACUUCCAAAUAAUAUUGUGGGUCUUAAAAAUAUCAUCAUAACAGAAGAAAAUGCAGAGGAUGUUGCAGAGCACCUUUUAAAUCUGAUGAAAAACUUUACUAAAUUGGAUGAGGUAGAAACUGAGGUUGUUGUAAACAAAGUCUCUGCUAUUUCAAAGUGUGAUGAAAUAAGCAAGCCACUUGCUGUGACUACAUUAAAAAUACUGAACUCCCUUUUGCUGAAAGAAAUAGAUACACAGGGCUUGCAAACAGUCACCAAUAGAAUCUUAAGGACAACUGAAGAGAUAGGUUUCAAGAUGCCUUAUACUGGGAGAAAUGAAACAGUAGUAUUGGCUGUACUGGCUUUGGCUGUGAUACGUCCAGAUCCCAGUGGUUUCCAAGGAGCAGCCAUUGGUGUUACCUCAUAUAAGAAAGGCACUGAUCCCACGAUUGAUAUACGUGAAAAACCUUUUAAAAAGGCCUGUGCUGCUGUGUUUUUGCCAAGAUCGCUGAGGAACUACUUGGGGAGCCAAUCUUUAGAUCCAGAACAUCAUUCAAAGAUUCAGUUUAAUUUUUUUGGAACAACUUCAUUCUUUGUGGAUGCCAGUUGGAGUAAUGAAAAGUUGAACACCUAUGUUGUGAGUGCCAGCAUUGAAAAUGUAUCAAUUCACAACCUCAGUGAGCGAGUGAAUAUUAUUCUACAGCAUAUAGAACCAAAUACGGACAAUGCCCCAGUGCACUGUGUUUUUUGGGACUUUAUGAAGAACAAUGGACUGGGUGGUUGGAAUACAUCAGGGUGUGAAGUGAAACACAGAGAUAUGUAUUACACAAUCUGUUAUUGUAACCAUCUCACCCAUUUUGGAGUGUUGCUGGACUUAGCCCGGAGAGAGAUAGAUGGUGUGAAUCGUCGCAUAUUAACUCUGAUAACCUAUGCAGGAUCUGGAGCCUCUGCCCUUUGCUUGGGGGUAGUGCUGGUGAUGCACCUAACUCUUGAGCAAGUUGAAUCCUUUCUUUUAUUGCUUUUUCCCCCCACAGUCACUACAGGAGUUUUCAGUAACACUUAUGCUAGAUCAAUCAGACACAAGAAGAUGAUGAAAGGAUGA